AUGAGAAUAACUAAUGGACAGCAAAGUCAAAAUGUGAAUCAGUACAGGAAUCAGAUUGAGAAAGCAGAAACAUGCACCAUGCUAUUCAAACUUGAUAUUGUCACGGCUGCAAACAGCAUAAGUCUUUCUCCUUGUGCUCAGACUCUCUUCAAGUACACACUGCCUGAUGUCAUGUACACAAGCUAUAGAAGUUGCAUUCACUAUAUAAUAACAGUAGCUAUUCACAGGCACAGGAAACAAAAUGUUGUGUACAGUAACAAUAAUAAUAAUAAUAAUAAUAAUAAUAAUAAUAAUAAUAAUAAUAAUGAAAUGGUGAAGGUGUUCAGCUACUAA